CAGCGGAGCGGUGCUGCGGCUCAGCUGAUAAUUGAAGGGACGACAAGCCGCCGCCACCGCCGCCGCUGGGGGGGGUGGGGGGAGCCCGUGGAAGUUGCCGUCGCGCCACCGAGUCCGGACCGGAGACUUUGGGGCCUAACUAGUGAAUGGUAGUGUCUAGAAAGGGUAUGUCCCUUCAAGAGAGAGGUGCCAAUGUCCAACCGGCCUAAUAACAAUCCAGGGGGGUCACUGCGACGUUCACAGAGGAACACUGCCGGGGCCCAACCACAAGACGACUCAAUAGGAGGAAGGUCACAUUUAGGGCAGGCAAAACAUAAGGGAUAUAUCCCUCCUGAGAGUAGAAAAUCUAAUUUUAAGGCACCCAAAGUGCAGUCUAAUACCACUUCUGAACUGUCAAGGGGACACCUUUCUAAAAGAAGCUGCAGUUCAUCUACUGUCAUAGUUCCACAACCAGAGGAUCCAGACAGAGCCAAUACUUCUGAAAGGCAGAAAACGGGGCAGGUGCCUAAGAAAGACAAUUCUCGAGGAGUGAAACGCAGUGCUAGUCCAGACUACAACAGGACCAAUUCUCCUAGCUCUGCGAAAAAGCCCAGAGCAUUUCAGCACAUUGAUUCUCUCUCAGAAACCAAUAAGCCACACAGUAAGUCAAAGAAGAGACAUUUAGACCAGGAGCAACAAGUGAAAUCUGCACAAUUGCCAUCAACAAGCAAGGCUCACACCAGAAAGAGUGUGGCUGCUGGUAGUUCACGGAGUCAGAAAAGAAAGAGGACAGAGAGUUCUUGUGUAAAGAGUGGUCCUGGGUCUGAAUCAACUGGUGCCGAAGAGAGAUCUGCAAAACCCACCAAGCUGGCUUCAAAAUCAGCCACCUCAGCCAAAGCUGGGUGUAGCACCAUCACCGAUUCUUCUUCUACUGCCUCUACUUCCUCCUCCUCUUCGGCUGUAGCCUCAGCCUCUUCGACUGUACCACCAGGUGCCAGGGUGAAACAAGGAAAAGACCAGAACAAGGCCAGGCGUUCCCGUUCAGCAUCCAGUCCUAGUCCCAGAAGAAGUAGCAGGGAAAAGGAGCAGAGUAAAACUGGUGGCUCUUCAAAAUUUGAUUGGGCUGCUCGUUUCAGCCCUAAAGUUAGCCUACCUAAAACAAAACUGUCUCUUCCAGGGUCUUCUAAGUCAGAGACAUCAAAACCUGGACCUUCUGGAUUACAGGCCAAAUUAGCAAGUUUAAGAAAGUCUACCAAGAAGCGCAGUGAGUCCCCACCUGCUGAGCUCCCCAGUUUGAGGAGGAGCACACGUCAAAAGACCACGGGCUCCUGUGCUAGUACCAGUCGGCGAGGCUCUGGCCUGGGCAAGAGAGGAGCAGCUGAGGCUCGGCGGCAAGAGAAAAUGGCAGACCCAGAAAGCAACCAGGAGACAGUAAAUUCCUCAGCUGCCCGGACAGAUGAAGCUCCUCAAGGAGCAGCAGCCUCUAGUUCUGUUGCAGGGGCUGUUGGCAUGACCACCUCUGGGGAGAGUGAAUCGGAUGAUUCUGAGAUGGGACGAUUACAAGCCCUGUUAGAGGCCAGGGGUCUUCCUCCUCACCUGUUUGGUCCUCUUGGUCCUCGGAUGUCACAGCUUUUCCAUAGAACAAUUGGAAGCGGAGCUAGUUCUAAGGCCCAACAGCUUCUUCAAGGACUACAAGCGAGUGAUGAGAGUCAACAGCUUCAGGCAGUCAUUGAAAUGUGUCAGCUAUUGGUCAUGGGAAAUGAGGAGACAUUAGGAGGCUUUCCUGUGAAGAGUGUUGUUCCAGCUUUGAUAACGUUACUGCAGAUGGAACAUAAUUUUGACAUUAUGAAUCAUGCUUGCCGAGCCUUAACGUACAUGAUGGAAGCGCUCCCUCGAUCAUCUGCUGUUGUUGUAGAUGCUAUUCCUGUCUUCUUAGAAAAGCUGCAAGUUAUUCAGUGUAUUGAUGUGGCAGAGCAGGCCUUAACUGCCUUGGAGAUGCUGUCACGGCGACAUAGUAAAGCUAUUUUACAGGCGGGUGGCUUGGCAGACUGCUUGCUGUAUCUAGAAUUCUUCAGCAUAAAUGCCCAAAGAAAUGCACUAGCAAUUGCAGCCAAUUGCUGCCAGAGUAUCACACCUGAUGAAUUUCAUUUUGUGGCAGAUUCCCUACCAUUACUUACCCAAAGGCUAACUCAUCAGGACAAAAAGUCAGUAGAAAGCACUUGCCUUUGUUUUGCACGCCUAGUGGACAACUUUCAACACGAGGAGAAUUUACUGCAGCAGGUUGCUUCCAAAGAUCUCCUAACAAAUGUUCAACAACUGUUGGUAGUGACUCCACCAGUUUUAAGUUCUGGGAUGUUUAUAAUGGUGGUUCGCAUGUUUUCUCUGAUGUGUUCCAACUGCCCAACACUAGCUGUUCAGCUUAUGAAACAAAACAUUGCAGAAACACUUCACUUCCUUCUGUGUGGUGCCUCCAAUGGAAGUUGUCAAGAGCAGAUUGAUCUCGUUCCACGAAGUCCUCAAGAACUGUAUGAACUGACCUCUCUGAUUUGUGAACUUAUGCCAUGUUUACCAAAAGAAGGCAUUUUUGCAGUUGAUACAAUGCUAAAGAAGGGAAAUGCACAGAAUACAGAUGGUGCAAUUUGGCAGUGGCGGGAUGACCGAGGCCUCUGGCAUCCCUAUAACAGGAUUGACAGCCGGAUCAUUGAGGUAGCAGCCCAUCAGGUCGGUGAGGAUGAGAUAAGCUUGUCCACUCUGGGACGAGUUUAUACUAUUGAUUUUAAUUCUAUGCAGCAAAUCAAUGAGGACACGGGAACAGCACGUGCCAUUCAGAGAAAACCUAACCCCUUAGCCAAUACUAACACUAGUGGAUAUUCAGAGUUAAAGAAGGAUGAUGCUCGAGCACAGCUAAUGAAAGAAGAUCCGGAACUGGCUAAGUCUUUCAUUAAGACCUUAUUUGGUGUUCUCUAUGAAGUGUAUAGCUCCUCAGCAGGACCUGCAGUCAGACAUAAGUGCCUUAGAGCAAUUCUUAGGAUAAUUUAUUUUGCUGAUGCUGAACUUCUGAAGGAUGUUCUGAAAAAUCAUGCUGUUUCAAGUCACAUUGCUUCCAUGCUAUCAAGUCAAGAUCUGAAGAUAGUAGUUGGAGCACUUCAGAUGGCAGAAAUCUUAAUGCAAAAGUUACCUGAUAUUUUCAGUGUUUACUUCAGAAGAGAAGGUGUCAUGCAUCAAGUAAAGCAUUUAGCAGAAUCUGAGUCUUUGUUGACAAGUCCACCAAAGGCGUGUACAAAUGGUUCAGGAUCCCUGGGGUCCACAACACCAGCCAGCAGUGGGACAGCCACGGCUGCAACCAAUGCUUCUGCUGAUCUUGGGUCACCCAGCUUGCAGCAUAGCAGAGAUGAUUCACUGGACCUGAGCCCUCAAGGUCGAUUAAGUGAUGUUCUCAAGAGAAAACGACUGCCAAAACGAGGGCCAAGAAGGCCAAAGUAUUCACCUCCAAGAGACGAUGACAAAGUAGACAAUCAAGCUAAAAGCCCUACCACUACUCAGUCACCUAAAUCUUCCUUCCUGGCAAGCUUGAAUCCAAAAACGUGGGGAAGAUUAAGUGCACAGUCCAACAGCAACAACAUUGAGCCAGCACGAACUGCAGGAGUUAGUGGUCUUGCCAGGGCAGCCUCAAAAGACACCAUAUCCAAUAAUAGAGAAAAAAUUAAAGGUUGGAUUAAGGAGCAGGCGCAUAAAUUUGUUGAGCGUUACUUUAGUUCAGAGAAUAUGGAUGGAAGCAACCCUGCCUUGAAUGUACUUCAGAGACUUUGUGCUGCAACUGAACAACUCAACCUCCAGGUGGACGGUGGAGCUGAGUGCCUUGUAGAAAUCCGUAGCAUAGUCUCCGAAUCAGAUGUUUCAUCAUUUGAAAUCCAACAUAGUGGAUUUGUGAAACAACUGUUGUUCUACUUGACAUCUAAAAGUGAAAAGGAUGCUGUCAGCCGAGAGAUCCGAUUAAAGCGAUUCCUACAUGUAUUUUUUUCUUCUCCACUUCCUGGAGAAGAGCCCAUUGGAAGAGUAGAACCAGUAGGCCAUGCGCCUUUGUUGGCACUAGUUCAUAAGAUGAACAACUGCCUCAGCCAAAUGGAGCAAUUUCCAGUUAAAGUGCACGAUUUCCCUAGCGGAAAUGGGGCUGGAGGCAGCUUUUCUCUCAACAGAGGAUCACAAGCUUUAAAGUUUUUCAACACACAUCAGUUAAAAUGUCAAUUACAAAGACACCCAGACUGUGCAAAUGUGAAACAGUGGAAAGGCGGACCUGUCAAGAUCGAUCCUCUGGCUCUGGUGCAAGCUAUUGAAAGAUACCUUGUGGUUAGAGGGUAUGGAAGAGUAAGAGAAGAUGAUGAAGACAGUGAUGAUGAUGGAUCAGAUGAGGAAAUAGAUGAGUCUCUGGCUGCUCAGUUUUUAAAUUCAGGAAAUGUAAGGCACAGGCUACAGUUUUAUAUUGGAGAACAUUUACUACCAUAUAACAUGACGGUGUAUCAGGCAGUGCGGCAGUUCAGUGUACAGGCUGAAGAUGAAAGGGAAUCUACUGAUGAUGAGAGCAAUCCUCUGGGAAGAGCUGGUAUUUGGACAAAGACUCAUACAAUAUGGUACAAACCUGUGAGAGAGGAUGAAGAAAAUAGUAAAGAUUGUGUUGGUGGCAAAAGGGGAAGAGCCCAAACAGCUCCAACAAAAACUUCCCCCAGAAAUGCAAAGAAGCAUGAUGAGUUAUGGCAUGAUGGAGUGUGCCCAUCAGUAGCAAAUCCUUUAGAAGUUUACCUCAUUCCCACACCACCUGAAAAUAUUACCUUUGAAGACCCAUCCUUAGAUGUGAUCCUUCUUUUAAGAGUUUUACACGCCAUCAGUCGAUACUGGUAUUACUUGUAUGAUAAUGCGAUGUGCAAGGAGAUUAUUCCAACUAGUGAAUUUAUUAACAGUAAGUUAACGGCAAAAGCGAAUAGGCAGCUUCAAGAUCCUCUAGUGAUCAUGACAGGAAACAUCCCAACAUGGCUCACUGAACUAGGAAAAACCUGCCCAUUUUUCUUUCCUUUUGAUACCCGACAAAUGCUUUUUUAUGUAACUGCAUUUGAUCGAGACCGGGCAAUGCAAAGAUUGCUUGAUACCAACCCAGAAAUCAACCAGUCUGAUUCGCAAGACAGCAGAGUUGCACCUAGAUUGGAUAGAAAAAAGCGCACUGUGAACAGAGAGGAGCUGCUAAAACAAGCUGAGUCUGUGAUGCAGGACCUUGGUAGUUCACGGGCCAUGUUAGAAAUCCAGUAUGAAAAUGAGGUUGGUACAGGUCUUGGGCCAACACUGGAGUUUUAUGCACUUGUUUCUCAGGAACUACAGAGGGCUGAUUUGGGUCUCUGGAGAGGUGAAGAAGUAACUCUUAGCAAUCCAAAAGGAAGCCAAGAAGGGACCAAGUAUAUUCAAAACCUCCAGGGCCUGUUUGCACUUCCCUUUGGUAGGACAGCUAAGCCGGCUCAUAUCGCAAAGGUUAAGAUGAAAUUUCGCUUCUUAGGAAAAUUAAUGGCUAAGGCUAUCAUGGAUUUCAGAUUGGUGGACCUUCCGCUUGGCCUGCCCUUUUAUAAAUGGAUGCUGCGGCAGGAAACUUCACUGACAUCUCAUGAUUUAUUUGACAUUGAUCCUGUUGUUGCCAGAUCAGUAUAUCACCUAGAAGACAUUGUCAGACAGAAGAAAAGACUGGAGCAGGAUAAAUCCCAGACUAAAGAGAGUCUACAGUAUGCUUUGGAAACUCUCACAAUGAAUGGCUGCUCAGUGGAAGAUCUGGGACUGGACUUUACACUGCCGGGAUUUCCCAACAUUGAACUGAAGAAAGGAGGGAAGGAUAUACCAGUCACUAUCCACAAUUUAGAGGACUACCUAAGAUUGGUGAUAUUCUGGGCACUAAAUGAAGGUGUUUCUAGGCAAUUUGACUCCUUCAGAGAUGGAUUUGAAUCAGUUUUCCCACUCAGUCAUCUUCAGUACUUCUACCCAGAAGAACUGGAUCAGCUCCUGUGCGGCAGUAAAGCAGACACCUGGGAUGCAAAGACAUUGAUGGAAUGUUGUAGGCCUGAUCAUGGCUAUACUCAUGACAGUCGAGCUGUGAAGUUCUUGUUUGAGAUUCUCAGUAGUUUUGAUAAUGAACAGCAGAGAUUGUUUCUCCAGUUUGUGACUGGUAGCCCACGAUUGCCAGUUGGAGGGUUCCGGAGUUUAAAUCCACCUCUGACAAUUGUGCGGAAGACAUUUGAAUCAACAGAAAACCCAGAUGACUUCUUACCCUCUGUAAUGACUUGUGUGAACUAUCUUAAGUUGCCGGACUACUCGAGCAUUGAGAUAAUGCGUGACAAACUGUUGAUAGCAGCAAGAGAAGGCCAACAGUCGUUCCAUCUUUCCUGAUCACAACAAGAAAUCAGUGUCUGCCUGUUACAGCAAAAGAAAAAAUUCAUGAUUUCUUUUCUAUGUGUCACCUGAGUCAAGGAAACAUGUUUCUCCUUCUUGUUGUAGGAAAACGGCUUGCAGAUUAUAAUUCAUAAUGGCCCCGUGGACUUAAAGUGAUCAGGCCCUAAAACGUUGUUGUGAUGAGGUUUCUUUAGCAAGUUCUUGUUUAAAUUAUCAUUUAUUUGAUGAGUGAAGUUUUUAACUUGCUUUGCUGUGUGAAAUUUCAAAGGGAUGUUUUUUCAGGCUGGAACAAUAAAAAUGUCACUGUGCAGUUUAAUUCUGGGCUGUGUGUAUCCAUCUAGCUAAGUUUGCAGUUUGUUUCUUCCAAAGACAACUCGUGUACAUAAGUACAGACAUUAAACUCUUGUGGAUUUAACAACUCUAGUUUAGUAAAUGGGUUCUGUGUGCUUUCCACCUCUCUAAUUUUCUUUUCCUACUUCAUUGCUGCCUCUGCAGUUCAUACACAUUUGUAUUUUCUUUUUUUAAAUAAUACAACAUGAAUAGUUAAGACAUUUUCAUUAGCCCUGGGCCUUGUCAUACUCAGCUCUUUCAAAUUAAAAUACAAUUUGAAAUUCAUUGAAUUGAAAUAAUAUUCUCAAUAUAAUUCAGCCUUUGUAACUAGCUAGGUAGGAGGCAGGCUUUUCUUAUAGCUUAGGUUAUAGUUACAGCACCUCCUGGCUUUUUGCCAAGUGACACUAGGUCUGUCUGUUUACAUGAUGUUUCCUUCACUCUGGUAAGGAGGCAAGAAAGUGCAUUCAUUUUUCUGUGUAGGUUAAAGGUCCACAGCUUGGACUGGCCAGCAUUUAUCCUAUUGCCAGACCAUUUUAAAAUGAUAGAAAGUUUCAUUCCGUGUUGGAGUUUUAAAAGAUUUUUUUCCUUCCCUUACUCCUGUUUUAAAUUUCUGUUCUCAGUCUCUAUUUUCCUCUCGUCUUCUCCCAGCGUUAAUUGCAGACGAACUGUUCAGCCUUUGUCUCCACACAGAUCAAAGCACCUGUAAACAAUGCUGUCCAUUUGUUUGUGUGCUCAUUUCUCAGAUCUGCAAUAAUCCAUCAGGUUAAUGUUUUUACCUAAAAAUAAAAUAAUUUUGCUUCACUGUUUCUGUUUAUAGUUCUGUGCUGUAUACAUGCCCACCUGUCUUAAAAUAAGCACUUAGAGUGUGAGUAAGUCAUUGUGUGGCCACAAGUCCAGCUGUGGUGGUUCUGUUUACAGCUUCUUGAACACAAAAUGUGGAAAGAAAAUGGGAGCUGAUCCAUUCCUUCCUAAGGCUCAAAUGAAGACUAAUAAAUUUGAACUCUGCCAUCAUCUCCUUCAAAAUGAAAUGCACCAUCUUUUUCUUUCCUCUCUCUCUCUCUCUCUCUCUCUCUCUCUCUCUCUCUCUCUCUCUCUCUCUNUUCUCUCUCUCUCUCUCUCUCUCUCUCUCUCUCUCUCUCUCUCUCUCUCUCUCUCUUUCUUUCUUUCUUUCUUUCUUUCUAGAAAACUAAACUUUGAAGAAACUAAUUGUGCUGACUGUAUUGAUACAGAGCCCUCUUCUUUAUCCCAUUGCCCCAAAGGAAGGUAGUGGCUUAGUUUACUGCUGUGGUGACUGUCAUUCUACACUGACCUUGCCUUAUAUGUGGAAACACCCCCUGCUGACAGAAAUCUCUUGACAGUUUGCCCAGUGUGGAGGAAUUGAAGCCAGAAGCUUCUCUGCUCACAGAGACUUCUAAAUGAGCAAUGUUACCUGGAGAGGGGAAGGGAGUUGGGUUCUGCAGCUUCACCCUGUUGGCCAGAAGAUCUGGGCCCUGUUGUCUCCAUUUCUGGUGUUCUACAUACUGAGCACAAAGUUUUUUUGUGUGAACAUAGCAUUUUGUUCCUCACUUUUUAAAGAUCUGUUAAAAUGUAGACAUCUGUAUAAAACAGUGAUGUUUCAUAUUAAAAUAAUCUGUAUUUGCAUUUUACACCUGUGGUGCUGGCAGAUUUGGCUUCGUUGAUAUCUUGCAUCAGUUGAAUGCUUAUGAUGGUUCUGACUGGAAUAUUUCAGAACCGGAAGUCACUGAAAAGCUUUCGAUCGAUCAUCAAUUUACUCUGUUCAGUACUUGGGACCUGUGGCUAAUUUGGGGUCAGGAAGACUACAUUUUAAAGCACUCUCAGCAGAGGCCUUAAUUUUGCACACUAGGAAAAUGUGCCCUUGGUUUGCUGUGCUCCAGUCAUCUCUAAAGGUUUAAUUCAGGAACCAGCAAGCACCACUGGCAUACUUUAUACACAGCCAAGUGCACUGUCAGGAUGCUAACAACCUUUUCUUUGUCCUAGAAGGUAGAGGCCAAAGUGGCAGGUGCCGUAGCCCAGCCCAGCAAAAGCAUAUCCUAUAGCUACCAACACUGGGAGAGCAGUAAGGGAUUCUGCUCAGUCUGGCUGUAGUCAAGCUAGGCACACCUCAUGAGGAAGGGGUACAGCCAAUAGCUGUUCGAGAAUGACUUGGGCACCUUAUGCUGAAGGCCAAAGUCCAGAAUACCAGCUUCUGCCUUUAACAGGCCGGUCAUACCCACCCUCUUUCCUGCCUGGCACGGAUCCUCCUGUCUCCACUCCUCCCAGCACUGUGCAGUCAUGCCUGAGUUUUGGGGUUUGUUUUUUGUUAUUGUUGUUUUGUUUUGUUUUAUAAUGUGGGUGCUGGUGACCCAAACUAGGUCCUCAUGCUUAUGACUCAAGCACGACCCACUGAACUAUCUCCCUAGCCCAUAACCAGCAAAUUGAGUUUUUGGUGUUCUCCCUUGUUUUUUGAUUUUUUUUUUUUUCCAUUUCGUAACAGUAAGUAUCAAGUUAAGGAAAUAGGAUGUUCACUAUUAUUCCAAGAAGCAAGCGUUAAAGACUGGUUGGGAGGAAAUGUGUAAAUGUGUAUUAAUAUGCCUAGGGUUUCCUGAGGGCUUCUGGGUGUUCCAUUAACAGAAAUGGCCUCCGUUUGUUUCUUUCACACUUUGGUUUUCUGACCCAUUUUUGUUUUCCCUGUUGUAAUGCGAAUAUUGCUCUGUAUGACUCUUUGAGAAGUGGUGGUAUAUAGGUGUCAAUGGUAUACAGCUUUGACAUUGCUGUAGCUGGUAUCCACAGUAAGGAGUAACCUGGUGACAGGUCACUGGAAAGUCCCAGUUACCCAAACAGUAAUAGCGGGCAACUCAUAGCACUUAACCACGUCGGAAAAUUGGCAUAUGCCAAGAAGUUAAAAUGGCAAGAAGAAAUUCCUUAAUGCUUACAGACUUGUUCAGUAUCAAGGAGACAUUCUUCAAUAAUGGAAGAGGGAGUUUUAUUUUUACUACAAACGGACUCACAACCAAACUGAUAAGCAACUGCUCAUCUCUGUAAAGUGUUUUCUUUCUCUUUUGAUCUGAAACAUUUAUAUGAACUGCUGGAAUAAUGGGACUUCAGACUACAAAUGUGUAUGUAAAAUUGCAUCGAUGCCCUGACUUCUUGAUUAUAUUUUUAAUAAACAGCGUUAUCCUUCA